GUUACUACAACAUUUGUUUCAGAGUAAAGACAUUAAAUUAUGGCAACACUGCUAUGCAGUUUGUUUACGUUUACUUUUCCUGUUAUCGCAUUCGAGAAAUUUUACUGAAAACGAUUGUAGUGCAUGCAAAGUAAAGGAAAAUACUGUUAUUAUAACAAUUUUCAUGGAAUAGAAAUACGGUGAAUUAGUCACACUGGCAUCUAUGCCAUCGAACGGGAGGAUAACGUCAAAAAGACAAUAAAGAGAGCUGUUGGAUUUAUGGUCCUGGUUACCGUUCCAUUGAGUGGUACAUUAUUGUAUCCACAAUUAGAGAAGAAGAAGAAGAAAGGAAAAUACCAAGGACCUAGCAAAGCCAGGCGUUCUGCGCUCGAGAGGCACAAGAGGCGAUUUGAGAAUAUCAGCAGAAUGAAACAGUCGUUUUUACCUGAUGAAAUAAAACCCAGUAAGUUAUAUGACAAGGAUGCAGCAUUACAACUAUACGAAGUUGAAAUCAAACAGGAAAUCGACGACAUACAGCCAGAUCCAGAUCCAUUGUUUGCCUCGUGCGAUGUUAAAUUUGAAGAUAAACUAGAUCACCGUUUUUCACAUAGUAAAGAGAUUAAAACGGAAUGCGAGGAGCAGAUAGAUCCGGAAUGCGAACAUCAGAUCGAAGCAGAAUGCAAGCAGCUAAUAGUACCGGAAUGCGUGCUGCAGAUCGACCCAGAGCGAUGCAAGUUUUGUUUAAGAACACUCAACGAAAACGUCCAAAUGCAAUUCAAACCUAGCGUUCGACAGACUCAGGUUCAAAGAAAGAUAGAAUUUGUUUUAUCUAUCAGAUUGACUACCGAGCCGUUAUGUUGUGUGAGCUGUUGGCAGAUGAUAGAUUUGUUUUUCGAUUUCAAAACAUCUUGCCAGAAAGCAUUUUUCAAACCAGAUGAACUUCUACGGGUUGGUAUGAAGCCGCAGCUUACUAUAACAAAGGAUUCGAGCAGAAAAUCAGUAGAAAACCGGAAACAACCCUCCUAUACUAUAGUUUACGCACCGCAAAUAAAUGCCACGAAGUCUAGCGUUGCAGCUACAAGUGAUGUCAAAACAGAAGAGCUGGCUCUACCUGCCUCUAAAGUAGGAAUCCCGAAAGAAUUUGCUGACACAUUGCUAUGCCCGCACUGUCCUGCUAUAUGUGACGAUGAAAAACAUUUGCAAAUUCAUAUUAGCAGCCAUGGCGACUUACGGCCGAAAAAGAAGCGUAAAAAAGGGAUUCCAACUGGAAGACGUCUCCCUAGCAAGAAAAAGAACCACGGCGAUCAGCGCGAGUAUAUGUGCACUAUAUGUGGCGCCACCUUGAAAUCUACCAACUCAUUUGGCAACCAUAUGGCCUAUCAUGCAGCACCAACGCUGCAAUGCCAGAAAUGUGACAAAAAAUUUCAUACCAAACCUCUCUUAAAAAAGCAUCAGAGCGUACACUCGGAUGAACGGAAUUUUCCGUGCAAAGUAUGCUCCAAAAGGCUGAAGUCGGCGGAAGCCCUUCGGGUACACAAUCGAAUUCAUACCAACGAAAAGCCGUACGUGUGUCAUAUUUGCGAUCAGCGAUUCACCUACAAUAGCCUGCUAAAGUUGCAUCUUGAAAAGGGUCACGAACAGCCGGGAAGUAAAACAGGACGAAUAAUGGCUGUUCGCGAAUCGUCCCCUUGAUGGUGAAAGGUAAGUGCAAAAGAAAAUUUUCGUAUUGAUACAAAUCUAUACAAACACGAUUCAAAAAUAUGAAAAAACUCAAAGUAAAACAAAUCUCAAGUUUGA